GCAAACGCGCAAUUGAAGAAAGCUCAAUAACAACGUCGCGCCAACGUAUCAACCCGCAUUUCAAACCACGAUUAGCAGUACUAGGACUCAGUGCAUUACGCUGCAAUCCCAAUUCCAUUCAAGAUGGAGCGCGAAGGCAAGCGGAAGGGUGCGCCGGGCGCAUCGCCAGACAACGCAGGGCGCUCAGCCAAAAGACAGAAACUACCUGAACCCGUACAAGGCGCAGAGACACCAGAGACCACGACGGAGAUGGGACAGUUGUUCCUCAAUUCGAUCACUUCGGCUAAAGAUAAGACUGGUCGACCUAUCGCAAAUGCAUUCCUCACUCUUCCUAACGCCGUACUGUGUUCCCCAGACAAGAAAUAAAUGAAUAUUUGAACUGAUGAGCUUCACAGAAGGAUGUACCUGGAUAUUAUGAAGAGGUCAAAUUACCUAUGGCGCUUGA